UGUUUCUUUGUAAACAAGGAGUAUUCAGAUAUAAGGUCGACGGAAAACCCCGACAUCUCAACAGGAAAACUAAGGCAUACAAAGUCUGUUAUAUUUAGAAAAAUCUGCAGCGGAAUCAAAUCGUUCUUUUUAAGUAACUGGAAAAGGUCUAAAUUGGCAUUGGUUCGAUUUAUAUCUCUAGGAACUAUAUUUAUAUGUAGCAUUGUGGUGCUUUGUCUAGCCAUCAAUAUAAGAUACGACAAAGUAUUUGGUAACUCGGAUAUAGAAGACAUAUUUGCAAGAAUAAACGUUACCGAUCAUACCUUCUCAAGGGCCAUCAGCAUAUUUUCCAUUGUGGCUGUCACCUUUUCGUUAGUAUCUAUAGCAAUUGUUAUCUUUUCCACAGUUGUGAUGGCCUUACAGAAAUGGAAAUCAGUCCUUAAUAUUUUGACUGUUGGGUUAUUGAGUGCUGUUGUAGUUUCUAACAUUGUACAAAUAGGAUUAUGGGGAAAGUUCUUGGCUGGAGUUUCAUCGGAGCUAGAAAAUGAACUGAGAGCACAAUUUGUUAGUCAAGAUGGUGGCUAUCAGUACUCUCAGAAUUCAGCAACAUACGACACGUCAUUAUCACUCUCUUGGAAUACCCUUUUCAUACAGGCAGAAUGCUGUGGAGUAGGAUCAUUGAUAGAAUCAUCGUUUACCUCCACCAAGUGGUACUCGUCUGGGGACAGAUCUGGAAAUCGAAUUCCAGUACAAUGUUGUAUAUCCCAGUCUGAUGUCUUCCCAUACGCUACUAGGACAGAUAGCCAUUGUACAACAUCUAUGCUAGACGGAUACUUUUACUCACAGUCAUGUGAUGAUGCAGUUGAAAAAAGAUUGAAGACAUACAGCAUAAUCUUCUUUGUGUUCAUGGCGAUCACCAUUUUAGCUGAGAUGAGUUGCAUUAUAAUGACUGUAUUCGACGUUAUAAGGCUAAAGAAAUUAACGCUGGGUAUAAAAGCUGGUGACGACACAAAAGAAAUCAUAAGAGAAAACGAAAAAAUCAUGCUGAAACAAUCAAUUGGGGAUGAAGCAAAUAAAUCAGAAAAUAAAAAAAUACAGAAGGAUAAACCAGAAAAAAUACCACAAAUCAAGAAGUCGAUGUCGAGAGGAGCAUUUGAUUUACAAAAGAAAGAAAGUACAAUUAUUCAGGAUAAACACGAAGACAAAAUUGAAUUACAACCUGUAAAAUCGAUGGAAAUUGCGUACAAAAAUAAAGCUGCAGGGGAAAAUAUGAAAGUGGAAACAGUCACUGGUACAACUUUGAAUGAUGUUGCGGAAGUCGAAACAGUGGCUGAAAAAGAUACCACAGCGAGGGACACCGCGAUUGAAGAUGCGACUGACACAUCGAACUAGUAGAAACUAGACAUAUAAUAUCAGGUUUCCUUUUGAUUAUGUACAUGUUCUUUCAUAAUAGAACAUAAAUCAGUAGAAUUUAUAUCUGUGUAGAAGUAAAAACAACUUCGGUGUAACUUUUCUUGUCGCUUCAAAACUCACCAAUCGACGCUUGUUUUAUGUAGUUGUUAGCAGAACGCUCAUAAGUGUGUGUAUAAAACUAAAAAAAACUUUAAAAAGGUAACUGUUUUGCAUGAUUAAGACAAUAACAUUAAUAAUUUCUGUUAAUGUUGUGAACCAAAUAUUAAUUUAAACAUUAGUAAUAAAUUUUUCAAUCAGUUUCU